GAAGGAGGAAGGAAAAUACAAAAACCCUCCGUAUUAUUCUUACCUCACAUGCCGGCAUAGCAGGGUUUCUGCGUGCGCUCCCUUCCAUUGCUUCCCCUUCACCACUAAACCAGCUCCGCCGAGCCACUCAAUAAUGGACCCUUCGAUUCGUGACUCGGAGUCCAAACCUAAACCCCUCUCUGAAAACAAAGACGACGCCAACGUCGUCUUCAUCGACACCAACCUCGACACUCACUUGGCCGUCCUCGUUUCCGAUCACGAUACGGUCUCCGACCUCAAAGAGCGAAUUUUGUCAGAACAUGCAUCAUGCUUUCCCAAACUUGGGCAGAUACAGAUUCAUGCAAUGAAGGUAAAGCGCAAAGGGUACUUUUAUCACCUAUCUGAUUCCAUGUUUGUAAAAAGUGCCUUCUAUGGUUUCAACAAGAGCUGGUUUCUUUGUGUGGAUGCUUCUCCAUUAGGCGAGCGUGGUCAAAAUGAUUGUUCUGGUUCUCGUAGCCAGAAGAUACUUCUUGGCAAUUCAGAUAAUGCCUUGACUGGUUUGAUCAAUGAUGAGAAAGAAGAACAUGAUUUUGUGAAUCCAUCUGAUAAAGCUGUUAAGGAUGAUAACGUUGUAUGCGAAGAUGAAAUGUCAAAAUCUGUGUCUAGUGCAAAGGAAAAACAGAAGAGUACAAGGAAAGAAGAUGAUACUCUGGAAUAUGAUGCUUCUAUUUUUAGGCCAGGCAAUGAUACUCUUCAAAGGGAGAUUGAGGUUAUGGCAGACCCUUCAUUAAAUGCAACUAAAGAAGUAAUCAUUGAAAGUGAAGUUCUAAAGGAGCAUCAGCACAAUGAAUUCAAUAAUAAUAACGCGACAAUUGGCAUUGGUACUGAGUCAAUGAAAGAGGCUUCUGAACCUGUACGUGCUACAAAUAAGCAGAAGAAAAGUAAAAGAUCUUUGAUUCAUGAUGCUGAUGUUAUGCAGAAGAAAGGGAAGAAGAGAUCAUCAAAUUCUCAUGAGACACAUUUGACUUCAUUCAGGAAAGAUGCAGAAGCAUAUCCUUCCAACAUUCAAGGGGGUGUUGAAGAGGAAGUUUAUGAAAAUGGUAUAGUCUCUAAAGAUAUCAGCAUGAGCAAACCUACGCUUGAAAAAAUGGAGAUUGGAACUGAUGCAUCCUUAGAAGGCAUUCCAUCUAAAGUAAACAACCGUACUGUUGUUGAAACAAAAUUACAACCUUCUGGUGUAAAGGAGCCAAAGGAACCCAAGCAGUUGAAUGAAGAUAAUUUGAAUAUUGUUCUUGACCUGUGCAAUGAAAGUGAGGUUGGUUUGACUGAUAGAACUGAAGGAAGAAGAGAAGUAUUACAAGAUGAUCCUAAGCCAAUGCAGUUGGAAGAGUGUACACCAUCUGAACAGAAUAAUAACACUGAAGCAAAUAUCAAAGAAUCAAAUGUGGCUCCAAAACCUGUUGAUAGGAAUGAGAUGGGUGAACCUGUAAAAUCUGAGAAAAAGAAGAGAAGGAAGAGAAAAGAUAUGGAUUUGGAUGAGAGUGCAUCUAGAAAAGAGUGCACACCAUCUAAACAGAAUAACACAGAUGCAAACGUCAAUGACUUAAAUGUGACUUCAAAAGUUGUGCUUGGAAUAGAAAAAUCAGAGAAGAAGAAAAGAAAGACAAGAAAACAUAAGGAUUCAGAUGUAGAAACAACAGUUGGGGAAGGUAUUGGCCCUACUGAUGCUUCUGAUAGCAAGAUUGUUAUUGUAAAGUCUCUUAAAUCAUCUGAUUGUAAUCCAGCAUUGGGAGAUAUUGGAGCAGAGGAAAACCCUUUAAAUCAUACAGAAGUGGGAAUUAUACAGCAGGCAGAGAUGAAAGGCACUGUUGUUUCAGCUAUUGAAAAGGAUGAUGCUUCUGGAGCUGAUAAUCCUGGUUCCUUGGAGCAAAUUGAAACUAUAGCCAAUGCUGAACAUGUGGACAAGACACGCAGAAAGAAAUCAAACAAGAAGCAAAGCACUAAAUCAAAGAGUUCAUCAAAUAUGAUGACAAACGAUGUUAAUCCAGCAUCGGGAGAUAUUGGAGCAGAGGAAAACACUUUAAAUCAUACAGAAGUGGGAAUUAUACAGCAGGCAGAGAUGAAAGGCACUGUUGUUUCAGCUACUGAAAAGGAUGAUGCUUCUGGAGCUGAUAAUCCUGGUUCCUUGGAACAAAUUGAAACUAUAGCCAAUGCUGAACAUGUGGACAAGACAUGCAGAAAGAAAUCAAACAAGAAGCAAAGCACUAAAUCAAAAAGUUCAUCAAAUAUUCCUACAAACGAUGUUAAUCCAGCAUCGGGAGAUAUUGGAGCAGAGGAAAACCCUUUAAAUCGUACAGAAGUGGGAAUUAUACAGCAGGCAGAGAUGAAAGGCACUGUUGUUUCAGCUACUGAAAAGGAUGAUGCUUCUGGAGCUGAUAAUCCUGGUUCCUUGGAACAAAUUGAAACUAUAGCCAAUGCUGAACAUGUGGACAAGACACGCAGAAAGAAAUCAAACAAGAAGCAAAGCACUAAAUCAAAGAGUUCAUCAAAUAUGCUAACAAACGAUGUUAAUGAUAGUCAGAAGCCAUCGCCAUCUUCUGAUAUUGGAACACUUGCUAGCCCUAAUGUGUCCCUGUUUCCAUCAAAUACUGCUGAAGGAAUUGACAACCUGGCUCCUGUUGAAGCUAAUGAUGCUGCUAAAGAUUCAACAUUUUCAUGUGAAGAGAAAGAUGAAAAGAAUUUGGAAGCAUAUUUGGAAGAUGACAGGGUUAAUGUUGAGCAACAGUCUCCAUCCCAGCAAGUGCAGCACAGAAGUCACCUUGAUAAGAUGGUACCAAAUGUGCGCAAGACAAAAAGAGACGCAAAGUUGUCUAGUCAGUCUAACAGUGAUAUAUCCUCAAUUAGAGAAAAAGGAAAGCCUCGAGCCAGUGCUCCCGGAAAAAGCAUGGAUUUAGCAGAGAUGGAAGGCACUGUUGUUUCAGCUACUGAAAAGGAUGAUGCUUCUGGAGCUGAUAAUCCUGGUCCUUUGGAACAAAUUGAAACUAUUGCCAAUGCUGAACAUGUGGACAAGACACGCAGAAAGAAAUCGAACAAGAAGCAAAGCACUAAAUCAAAGAGUUCAUCAAAUAUGCUAACAAAUGAUGUUAAUGAUAGUCAGAAGCCAUCACCAUCUUCUGAUAUUGGAACACUUGCUAGCCCUAAUGUGUCCCUGUUUCCAUCAAAUACUGCUGAAGGAAUUGACAACCUGGCUCCUGUUGAAGCUAAUGAUGCUGCUAAAGAUUCAACAUUUUCAUGUGAAGAGAAAGAUGAAAAGAAUUUGGAAGCAUCUUUGGAAGAUGACAGGGUUAAUGUUGAGCAACAAUCUCCAUCCCAGCAAGUGCAGCACAGAAGUCACCUUGAUAAGAUGGUACCAAAUGUGCGCAAGACAAAAAGAGACGCAAAGUUGUCUAGUCAGUCUAACAGUGAUCUAUCCUCAAUUAGAGAAAAAGGAAAGCCUCGAGCCAAUGCUUCCGGAAAAAGUAUGGAUUCAGCAGAUCAUCUUCCAAUAUCAAGCCCAACGAUGAAAGGUUCCAAGAAAGUGAUUCACAAGAAAGCAGGAAAAUCUUUAGUGAAUAAUGCCAGGGAAGUAAAGGGUAAAACAAAUCAGAAGAAGAGUUUGUUAUCAGGAGCAAUCUUCAAAGAUGAUAGCAGUGACACUUCUAAAGAUGCAGAUAAAGUUGAUAUGUCUGAUGCCAGCACUAAAAGUCCAUCUGCAAAUUCACUCUUGUCUGAUUUUUCAGAUGGUGAUAUCAGCGAAGAUUCACAUGGUGGGAAAAGACUGGAAAGUGGUGAACAAAAUGAUUUUAAUGAAAGCAUGUCAACCAUUAAAGGGAAGCCGAUUGAUCAUGUUUUCAGAAGUUCGAGCAGGUAUAAGAAGGCCAGAAUAACUGCAUCUCAGUUGGAAGAAUCUGAAAGCCAACCGGAGUUUGUUCCAGAUAGCCUUGCUGAGUAACAUGUAAUCUCAAGUUUCAGCUGAAAAGGGCAGAAGAAACACCACUUAACCACAGCACUGUGGUCCUUUUUAGUGUUCUAUUUUUACUUAUGGAUCAUGCAUCUAGUUGCCUCCAUUUUUUGUUGCUGCUGAUACUGGGUUUAAUUUAAUUCCUUUUUUGCUUCUCAGCAUCUUUCCAAACACAAAUUGAUGUUGAAGUUCUUCACUAUUACCUGUGCUCUCUUUUGUCAAAAAUACUUCAAAUUUAUUGAUAUAUGAUGCAAGAUGUUUUGAGCCAUUUGCAAACCAUUAGGAAGUGUAAUAUCCCUUCUGUUUCACAAGAGUAAAAUAAACUAAACAGCAUUGUAAUAGAAGGAACAGAAAAUUUACAUACUAGAAGAUGAAUCUAGAGUGACUAAAUUAGAUUCAUCUGGAAUAGCUCAAGAUUAUUUUGAAGAGUCGCGAGAUCCGCCGGAGGAA